GGCGUGGCUAAUUGUCCCCUUUCGAAAUGGAGCUGUCGUGAAAGUCCUCCGCUCGACGGCUUACAACCGCUUCUGGCCGACUGUAAAACUGUUUUGUUUGAAAGUGGAAGGCGCUGUAAGUUGUGGUGUGAACAUUUUCUGCAUCAAAUGAAUGCCAGUGUUGAAUGCGCACUAACUAUAGCCCGAUUUGCGUGAAACAAUCCUUCUUAGUCCCUUUUUUUAGUAUGAGGCGCGUGUGUGCAGUUUUCACAACGCUCUAGGGUACACGCGACCGACUCAAGAGUUUCGUAGUGCCUGUGUACGCCGUAGCUACCGUCUGUUAGUGAGUGAGAAGCGUGGGAGGAAGCAAGCUGGCGUCUGGGCCCAAAGCCUCUCAGCCUCGCGUCAAGGCGUCUCCCUCUACAAAGGCAUCCUCCAAAUCACUUACCCCGCUCAAAUCAAAGCCUACAAGUCAAGUGUCACUCAAAACCACCAAGGACCCCUCCUCGAAGAACAGAAAGAAUCUCCCAGCUGCAAAUACUGUAGUCGUCGAAUUGCCCAGAAAGUCCCGUGGCGGUAGAGACGGUGAAAAAUCGACCACCACCGUCCAAAAGUCUCCAAAACCGACGAGACGCGACAGGUUAGCAGCACCACAACCGUCCACCUCCUCGACACAGGGUAAACCUUCGCCGGGAACACCUCGAAAGUCGCCCAAACCUCUUCAACUUCAUCUGCGACUAAAAUUCCCUCAAAAAGCCAGUCCACCUGUCAGCCAGGCCACCCAGAAGAAUAAUUUCCUCCGUGUCGAGCCUCGCCAGCCUAGAGAGCUCGGAACUAGGAGUGGAAUUGAUCGUAGAAGAUCAGCCUCCACGCGAGCUUCUCCGGCACCCAAAACACUAUCGUCUGAGGACACAGACCACCCGAAACGCUCUUCCUCGACCCCGCCCCCCUCGCUACACAACCGCUACCUCACGCGGACUGCGCGACUCAGAAUGGCUGCUCAGACGGGGAAACACUUCAAGGAGACCCUGUGCGAGAGUCGUGCGCACCCGGUCGACUCGCCUGAUCCAACAGCUGCCAAAACCAUCGACGAUCUCAAGCGACAAGUGGCCCGCCACAGAGCCGAGAUCGAAUCAGAGAGAACUAAAUUCCACGAGCUCCAGUGGAGCCACGAGAGGGAGGUGCGGUUGAUCCGAGAAGAUGCCGAGAAGAAGCUGGAUAGAUCACUGGAGGCGCUGUCACGGAGGAAAGACGACGAGAGAUUGGCGGAAGUCGAACAAGUCAAGGAGCGCCUGCUGAAGCAGAACCAGCACGAGCUGCGGAGUCAGCGCGUGGAGCUGGAGGAAGAGAUGAAGAGACUCGAGCGGCGGCUGACGAGGGAGAGGGAGGAGAGCAUGCGGAAGGUGUUGGACCUGGAGAGAAAGAAGACAGAGGAGGAGCUCUCGCACUAUCUCCCCGAGGACUCGGUGAUGAGUCGCGAGGAACACCUGAAGGCCGAGAUUUUCAGACUCGGAGUUGAGACCGAGAGACUGGAGUUCCAGGUGAGUAACCUUCAGAGGGAGAACAGGGAGCAGAUAAACCUGAUCAAGAAGACGAACCACGAACACAAGUUGGAGCUGGAGACGGUCAAGAAGAAGAACCAGGCCGAGGCAGCCAGAGACCUUGCCCAACUGAAGCUGGCCGAGCAGAUCAUCCAGGAGAAGGAGAGACAUAUUCAGGAGGAGGAGUACAGAGUCGACAUGGCUCUCAUGGAGAAGGAGGCCCUGGUAGAGGAGCUGGCUGGAGUCAAGAGCAAGAAGACACUCGAAUCCCUCGGUAGAGAUGAGGCCGUCCAGUCACCCACCUCAGGGAAGCGCCUCAGUGUAGCAGGAGGAGGAGGAGGAGGAGUCCUGCAGAGAAGAGUGGAGGAACUGGAGGCAGUGGCCAGGAAAUUGGACGAGGAACGUCGACAGCUGAAACAGGAAAACGCCUCUUUGAGGAAAGCAGCAGUGAAGGAGGGAGGAGGAGGAGGAGGAGGAGAGGGAGAUGCCAAGGCGGCGGAAGAGAAACUGAAGAGGUUGAGGAAGAGAAAUGCAGAGCUAGUGGCCCUGGCCAGGCAGCUGGACGACAAGAUAAAGACCCUCAAGCUGGAGAAUGAGCAGCUGAAGGUGUCAGGAGGUGUGGCCAGCUCAGUGGGAGGAGGGGGAGGAGGGGAGAAGGGGAAAGGAGGGGAGAUGGAGGGGAGGAGGAUGAGUCUAUCGAGACAGCAUGCCAAGGACAUCAGUGACUACACCAGACAGCUACUGGUCAAAGACAGAGAGUUGGAGUCUCUGAGAGUCAGACUGUGUAAAUACGAGGUGAAUGGGAAGGCUCGCUAUGAACCGGUGCCGGAGAUGGAGAAGAGGGUCAGAUCUAUGGCAAUGGAGAGACUUCGCGUGGAGAAGGUGAUGGUACAGCUGUAUAGCAAGGUGAGCAACCCACUGGACGUGGGCGCUGUCACCCGGCAAGAAAUGGCCGACGAGUCUCGGGAAAUGGAGAGGGUCUUUGACGAGAACAAGAGCCUCCGUGAAGAGUUGGAGCUACUCAAAUCUCAGACCAGAAUGGAAGACGUAGACCAUGUCCCAAUUAUCAAACAGCGCUCCGUCCCUGCUGUGGGCAGUAGAGGAGGAGGGAGUGAGAGAGAGAAGCAGCUCGCGGAGGAAAACUCGGAACUGAAAGUCCGACUGGCAGCUCUUGAGCAGUGUGAGACGGAGGCUGAAAGGCUGCAAAGUGCUCUGAAGGAAACUGAAGUUGCAAGAACAUCAUUUGAACAGCAGAACAGACGACUGACACAACAGCUAAAGCAGACACAAGAGUUGGCUAAAGAGAUGGAUGCAGUUCAGGAGAUGUGUGUCGAACUGGAGAGGGAGGUGGCAGAGUUGAAAGGUCAACUCGGUGAGCGGGACUCCAGGAUAUUACAGCUGGAAAAGAGCUACCAGAAUGCCACAGAGUCUCUGAACGAUGCCAGACAGGAGGCAGACUCUCUCAGGGGUAAGACAGAGGAACUAGAGGUGUCCCUGAGAGCGAAACAAGACCAGAUAAAGCAGCUGGCCUCCGAGCUGGACCGACAACCCCUGCGACGUCUCUCUCCAAACAGUCUCUCUCUGUCGUCCCCAGAAAAACCUGUCCUCUCUUCAAACCCCACUUCUGCUCCUCCUCCCGUCUCGGACACCAACGUCGCACCCCCCUCGGGCGCCACCGGUUGCAAAGGAGUUAACAACAUAACCAGUGAGCGGAGGGUUAAAUCGGCCGGGAGGUCGCGAAGGGUUAAGAGUCCGGUGAAGAGGGCUGGAGCUAGCGGAAGUGGAGAGGUGGACAUAUCAUUGGACAACGAGAUGCGUCUUGUUGGAGUUGAACUAACAGAUUCGUAUGACAGUAGUGAGGGGGUGUGGUUCAGCGACACCAAUCUGGACGGGAGCAGCGUCCUAAUGUCGCUGGACGAGGAGGGGGGAGGAGGGAGAAGAGAGGGAGCGGGGGGAGGAGGGGAGGGGGUGAGAGGAACAACAGGGUCUCCGCAGCUGGCCUGGGUCGAGGGAGAGAGGCUGCCGGCGAGUGACGCCGGGAGUGAGGCUCACGGGGAGAGAGGGAGAACAGUGGGAGGCGAGGAGGCGGGGUCUGGGUCACGUGACCUCAUAAGAAGAUCAGGUGAUCUGGCCAUGGGGAGUGAGGAGGGGGGAGGGCUGCAGAUGACUGAGUUAGAAGCUCUGGCAAAACCGGAGGAGCUGGUUUCGUCAUCAGGGAGCUCAGAUACUGACCUCACCAUCACCCACAGCGGAACAGAUGAUCAAAUAGAGCCAGCUCAACCAGACACCGCCGGAACCAUUUCACUCGACUCAUCACCUGCCGCUGGAUCAGCUACGACAGCUGCUGGUCCUCACUCCUCCCCAGUCUCAGUCUUUAUCGCCAAGUACAGCUACAAUCCCGCCCAAAUGUCUCCCAACCCAAACUACCAACAGGAGCUGGCCAUAACGUUGGGUGACUACCUGUUCAUAUUUGGUGACAUGGACGGCGAUGGUUUCUACAUGGCCCAGCUCCAGUCGGGGGAGACGGGCCUGGUCCCCUCCAACUUCGUGGAGAAGGUCGAGGACGCGGAGGGCGAUCCGUCGGUGCCACGUCCGACUCGAUCUCGUAUCCGCCGAGUGUCCGACCUGCAGGACAUCCCCGAGUGCGACGAGAAUGUUUCUUCCAGUAGUAUCGUCAGUACGACCUCUGAUGCCAGGGUCCCUCCCCCCGUUGAUCUGGAGCUCAAGUCGCAGUACGUGGAAGAUGACAAGUACUGUGUUGUCAUCCAGUGGUCGAGCCCUCCGUCUCUCGUCCAGUCUUCCCCCUCUCCCCCCUCCUCCUCAUCCUCCUCCGAGCUACUCCACCAAGUCACGUACCACGUCUACGUGAACCACGAGUUCAAACAGGCAGUGGGCGGAGUUUCGGGUGCCAUGGCGACGCAGCUGAGCGACAUUCCUCGUCACCAGUUGGUCAAGAUCUCAGUGAGAACUUUCACGGAUGAGGGAGAGAGCCCUGACCCUAACAAAAUCAUCAUCCUCAAUCCUCAGUAUCCUGAGCCUCCCACGAGAGUCCAGGUAUCACUAAUGGAGGAAGAAGAGGGGGGAAAUGAGGAGGGGCUCCCCUCGUCGGCUGCAAUCCUCGUCGAGUGGGCCCCGGGCCGCGUCCUGGAGACCGGCGCCCAUAUCUCUGGCUACGCCGUCCUUGUGAAUGGAUCGACAGUCACUCAACUAGUCUGCAGCAGUAGAACGCCGAGCGAAGUACCGUGUGCCAAGCUGCAUGCGUCUCAUCUGGCCGGACUCUCCCUUCUUCCUGAGGAGAGAUUACUGCUGACCGUGCGCUCCGUCUCAGACCAGUACCAAAGUCUAGACUCCACCCCCGUCGUGUUGUCACGGGAACUGUUUGAGGAGGUGGUGGGCUCUAAUAGGAGUGAAUUGUCGUCAAGUGGUGGACUGGUUGGAAGUGGUGGUGAACGAAGAGGGGAUUAUUCACAGUCUAGGAGAGACGAAGAAGAUCACAUGAUCCGUGCCAGUGGUCAUGUGACCAGUCAUGUGACUAAAAACGGGCCUCAACUGAACGGCUCAAUGAACUGCCAGAACGGAGACAGUGAACAUAGGGACGAGAUCGACGGAACGAGGGAGAAGAUUAAGGGAGGACCUCGUUAUUACGUCGCCAAUUUCUCCUACAACCCUGCCUUCCACUCCCCCAAUGAUGAGAAUGUUGAUGAUGAGCUUGCAUUUAGGGAAGGGGACAUUAUCACAGCCUGCACAGAGGUGGACGAGGAAGGUUUCUUCGAAGGUGUCUUGAGAGGGAAGAGAGGUCUGGUGCCGUCCAACAUGGUGGACCAGGUCACCGACUCUGAGCAACUGGCCAACAUUGAGCCGUUGAUUGCCGAGCAGAAGUCCCGCAGCCCUGACCCCCUCUCUUGUCCCCCGACUGAGAACGGAGGAGACCCGCUGCCCGUCAACUCCACACGGAGAAUGAGAGUUCUGUUUGGGUAUAACCCUGUCACCGACUCCCCUAACGAGAACAAGGACGAGGAGCUGUGUAUCGAGGAGGGAGACGUAGUAACGGUGUUUGGUCGGCCGGACGAAGACGGAUAUUAUCAGGGGGAACUGAAGGGGAAGAAAGGGCUGGUGCCUUCCAAUUUCCUGGAGGAGUUCAAGGAAGAAGAAGAGACGACAGGAGAGAGGGAGAGGAGGAAGAGUAAGAGGAAGAGCACGGGAGGUCUGGGGAUGGAGAUCUUUGCCGCCAACGAGCAGGACAUGGAGCAAGCCAAGAGAAUCAUCGCAGAAGCCUCGGACUCUCUGAAGCGGUCAGGAUCUCUUUCCACCUCAGUCGACAGCUCCAGACAUAAAAAGGGAAUCUUUGCAAAAGGAAAGGAACUUUUCUCAAAGUCUGGAGGAAAGAAAUGA